AUGCUGACUACGACAACGACGUCAACGUCGACGAGAGCCCUUCACCACGAGUCGCUCCGGCCACGCUUCUCCAGAUAUGGCGGCGGCGGCGGCGGAAGCCCACCCAGUCAUUCGCCUUCGCCCUUGCAUGAGGCGGCACAGUUGCCACCUCAUCGGCUCCAGUAUGCGAGAAAGAAUGUGUCGAGGAAAAUGUCCAUCAAGCACAAAACGUUGGGAUGGAUGGUGAUCGAUUCGGCCUGGAAAGUCUGGAUGCGCUUCAUUAGCGUCUGGGGUCUUGGCGUCAUGGAGCCGUGGGAGCAGGCAGUGACGAUCGUCUUCUACGCAACAUUAUUGUUCCUUUUUCUUAUUGCCAUGGUGCAAUUGCCUUCCUACGUCUCUUUUGCAGUCCAAAGACUGUGCUUCUACGUCACGGGUCAUGAUCGUGCGAAGCAGGCGGCUGCGUCGACCUGGGAUGGGGGACAGCAACAGCAAACAUUACCAUUCGAACCACCACGGGUAUUGCGAGGUCCAGCUGGUGCGAUGAACUGA